UGCUUCCCCCACUCUCCAGUCUCCUCACUCUUCACCAAUCACUCGCCCCGCUCUCCGUAGAUUCCACGGGUACCUCUCUCUCUUCCUGCUCCCGCGUCGCCAUCGCCCGAGGAUAAAAAGAAGAGGGGGAAGCAUGAGCGCCACGGCCGUGUCGUCGCUGAACCCGGACGCGCCGGUCUUCAUCCCGGCGGCGUUCCGGCAGGUGGAGGACUUCUCGCCGCAGUGGUGGGACCUCGUCAAGACCACCGCGUGGUUCCGCGACCACUGGUUCCACGAGCACCAGCAGCUCGACGAGAUGGCCGACUCCCUCGAGCUCCACGGCGAGGACGUCGACCUCGCCGGCCUCCUCCCCGACGAUGCCUUCGACGACGACGAGGACUUCUUCUACGACCAGGCCCAAGACCUCGCCUUCGAGCCUCCGCAUCCGCCGGCCGCUCCCAAGACUGAUGCAGUGCUCAAGGCGCUGAGCCUGGUCUCUCCCAAGGCCGGCGACGCGGCGAGGGGGUUCCGGGAGAAGCCCCGGCACUCCGAGAAGCCCACCAAGUACGCCGGCAGCCCGAGGAGCGGCGGCGGCGCGCCCCGUGUCAUCCACCAGCCUCGCUAGGCUGCCAUGGCUAGCUCCUCCCAUCUUGAUGGGGGGAAUGCAAGAAUUGAGCAAAAGCCUGCGUCUUUACGCCGCAGUGUUGCUUGCUCCCGGCUGCUGCUGCUGUUGCUUUGGUCUACUCAAGCCUGGGUUUUCUAGUAUAGUAGAAUUAGUGGUGCCUUUGUAUAGUAUAAACAAAAAAUGACCCUAAAAAGAGUAUAAUAUGAACAAAAAUGCAACCUUUGUUUAGUGUUGCCUUGUAAGUUAUGUUCAUUUAGAGUUUGUCUAGGAAAAUUCCAAAAAGAAGUGGAGGAAGAAUGUAGUGUGCACUCAUGUUAAUGUUUCUGAUGUUAAAUAGCAAGCAGCCUAAUGUUCAAUAUUCAGACAAUUUCUCA